AUGUGGUAUUCAAAUGUUCUUGGAUAUUUAAGAUCUGAAAGCAUCGAGAUGUUGGAAUACGCCAAGUGUGGUAACAGUUCCAUCUCGAUGAUACCCACAGUGAUAUGGACAGCUGGCUCGGCAGCACUCGCUCAUCGACUUAUAUCAGCACUCUUCAGGAGAUUUAUGUUCCGACGGAUUCCACUGUGGGAGAUCAUACUACAGCGACUUCUGUUCAUCUGGAUGGUCAUAUAUAGCAUUCACUUCUGGAUGAUUGUCGUCAACGUCAUAAAAUUGCUCAUUGAAUACUGCUACCAAACGAAGUCGGGUGUGAUGACAUCAGAGGAGUUGGAGCAGCAGUACCUGAUGCAGCAGUGGACUGUAUGGAUGGUGUCCGUGAUGCCGGCCGUGCUGUUCGCACACACUACCAACAAGGAUACGACGCCACCACUCAUGAUAUGGAUAACUACAAGUCCGUGGCAACGUCGCGAGAUGGGUGCGUACGGGUACUACCUCAACCGACCCUUCUCGUCUUUAGAACCACCCACCACGACAGUUCAACAACGAGCGCUCACAUUGAGAAAAGCGUUCAGUGACUCCAAAACUAUCAUCAAAGAGCCGCCGAGAAAAAGACGAUAUUCCAAAUCUGUCAUACUAACCUUGCGCAGGGAUUACCGUGAUCACGAAGGCGGUUACCCCGGGCUGGCUCCGGUCAUUGCACCGCGGCCGGGACAGGCCAGUCUGUGA